GCCUGAUUUGGCAUUGACAACUGAACAAGGAAGUAAAAAUCAUUGGUAUCAAUAUUUGUCGAAAUGGAUGAUAAAAUCCAACCGGCUGAGAGAGACAAAAUAAUCCUAGAAUUAUUUAGGGAUUCAUUUAUUCAUGUUGCUAAAUGUGUUAAAGAGGAACUUGUUCUACCAGAAAUUCAACCAAAGUUUCCAGAUUUAGAAGAUGAAGAUAAAAAAACGUUAUGUGAAGACGAGAAAUACAUUGAUUUCAAAAAGAAAAGAGAUGCACUUGUGACUCGAUGGGGUCAGCACAUAAAAUGCGCGAAAAAAGCAAAUGCAAAAGCUCAUGAAUGUCAACAAGUCUUAAAAAGAAUUUGGAACAUACGGAAGAAAUUUAAGAUAAACAUAGAAUCUAUAGAACUUCCUACAGAUGAGCAACAGAAUAUUUAUUUGGAACAUUUAAAAGUUCUUUUGGCCAUGGAACAGCAGCUUAAAUUCGAAAAUUUUGAACAGAAUAAACUACGAACUCAGACCACAGAUGGACAAACACCAACGGCCUCCAAAGAACAUAUGGAAGAAGAACAUCGACCUGAUAAGUCGAUCGUGUCAUCCAAAGCUGACACAGAUUCUGAUAAUGAUGAUAUCCAAACAACAGAUAACUCAAGAAAAAGAGCAAACAAAAUUGAAGAUGAAUAUAGCUCUCAUAAGGCUGAAACAGAAAGCACAAAUAGUGGUCCUGAUGACACCAAGAGCAGUGAUUCUUUUAUAGAAAAUAAAGAAGAACUGGAACGGGACCAACCGAUGGAUACCUCAGAUACUAACGACGUUGAAGUCACGAAACAGGAAGAGCUUGGAAAACUGCAAAAGGAAAAUGAAGAGCUAAAAACUAAACUUAAGGAGAAAAAGAGUAACGCCAAAAAAGCAAAACAAGAAAUUCAAGCAAAAUAUAAGUCUUUGAAGGACUCCGAAGUUCGCCUGAAAGAAGCCAACGAUUUAAGCCAAAGUCUCAGCGAAGAAAAUGAGAGACUUCAAUCAGUGAAUACGUCAUUCGAAAAAGUAAAAGCUGAAUUUAAAGAAGCAAAUGAUAAAAUUCAAGCUCUCAACGAAGAAAAUGACAGAAUAUUGAAAAAUCUAAAACUACCUGACGAAAAAGCGAAGAAGAUGCUUACCACUCUACAAAAGAAGUUUAAAGAUGAAACAAAACAAAAGGAAGAUAUGCAGCAGAAAUUAGAAGAGCAAAUUAAAAAAAAGGAUGCCCUGUCACAAAUGUGUGAUAAAUAUAAAGCUGCUUGUCUUAAACUGCAGGAAACAAAACAGACCCAAGAUGAAAGAUUUGACAACAUGCAACGCCCAAAAACGGCUCCAUCCAGACAGUAUAGAGAAAUGCAGAUUUUGGUGGAAACACUCAAAGGUGAAAAAGAAUCAUUAAUGCAAAGGUUAAGUAAAGUGGCUGGAAUGAAAAUGAAGGACAACAACCCAGCUAUUGCUGAUUUAAGUGAUCCAAACAGACCAGAAAAGUUAUCAGAAAAGUUUCGAGAAAUUUAUGACAAUGCAUGGACUAACUUAUUAGACGCCAUCACUGAGAAGACUGGUGAUUCUGAUGAAAUUGGUGUAAAACAAAUUGUCAACGCACUAACGAUGAUGUAUAAUACAUGUAAAAAUACAAUAAGCAACAAUAGAAAAGCUAUUGCAAAACUAGUUGGCUAUCCAGAAGACUGCUUUGACAAACCGUAUGCCGGUGGAAAAGAAGGGCAUGAUAUAGUAUGAAAAACAUUGAAAGACUUAAUACAAGUCGGCGAGACACGCCAAUUUGUUCGACAUACAGAUGUAGUUAUACACAAUUUCAUACUUGUCCAAAAUACCACCAAGUAAACAUAUACUUAAAAGGACAGUAGCAAUUAUUUAGACAAAACAUUAACUUAAGCAUGUUAAGGCUAUUUUCAUUGUUUUCAGCAUUAAUAAAAGCGGCAUGUUGGUAUAAUAAUUCGCUAUAAGCAGCCAUUUUGGUUCAAGUUCGUAAAAAUAAAUUAAAAAAAACAUUGUGAUAUUUUAUUGUCAUGCAAGACAAUAAUUAGAUCUCAUCUGGGUCCUUAGGUUGCAAACCUUUACUUUGACUUUUUUGUUUGAGAUGGGGUCUGCAUGUGCUCAGCAGCAUGUCUACUGAUUGAAACAAAUGUUUGCUGAAAAUUGAAAAUAAAGAAGACAGCAGAAGAAGACAUAUUUUGUUGAUUGAUUGGACGAAAUCAAACAUCAGUCUAAUACAGGUUAUGAGCAAAUUGGACCACACUGAACUGCACUGAAAAUCGUUAUUAUACUGUUACAAAUGUUUACUUGUCUGUUUAUAUUCAUAUUUAUAACGAGAUCACAUGCCCAUCGACAAUUUUGGGAGUAAUGUCAAUGGUUAAUAAGAUGGCGUCCAAACAAGAAAUCACAUGAACAUUUUGAGAAACUUUUUUUAACAAUUAUCUUCCUUGUGCAUUGUUUUCAGUAGAAAUUUUGUGUUCUCUUUCACAUUUUAAUAUAAAUGAAUCAAAUUUUAGAGUUCGAGCAAACUCCAUAGUGAUAUGACUUUAGCAAACUAAUGCCCCUUAAAUUAAACUUUUAUCAGAAUUUAAACAUAUUUUGAAUGACCGUAACGUACACGUCUUAUGUAGGUCAAAGUGAUAUUUUUUAAAAUGACCAAACUUGU